AUUGCAUGUGAUGGGUAUUGAUUCUUUUCUGUGUCUGCAAGACCAAUUCUUAGCCUUUGCCGCGUGAGUCUGGCAUUUCACAAGAUCUUGUCUGAAUAGUGUCCUGAAAGGGUGCUGUCUCAGUGCGAUCUGGACGUCACAGGCGCACCAGAACGCGCAGAUAUUAAUAAAAUUUGGCAAAAGAGGAAUAGCCCACAACACAAGAGGUGUCGCAACAACAAUACACCAUACCAUCACAGAGGUCUGGCAGAGCAAUCAUGAGCCAGAACUUCGGGCAUCAAGAAUAUGGCAACGACAUUCUUCAAGAGCGCAAACGGAACCCACUGGUGCUAGUAGGUGCUGCAGCUACAGCGGGCGUCCUUUGUGCCGGCUUUCUAGCUUUCAAGCAGGGCAAUGCUGAUCUCUCACAGAAGUUCAUGCGCGCCAGAGUGGCGUUCCAGGCCGUCACAGUGGCGCUGAUGGCAGGGUCAGCAGGGAUGUAUGCCCUGUCAGAGAGCAGUCAGCAGAGCGCCAAGAAAAAGAAUGCAGAGACGCACUUGUAGGAGUUCCCUGCAGCUGCAGACGUGAGAGCACUGUCUGAGCCCUGCUACAACAGCAUCGCAUUGUGUGUGCAGCCCUGCUGGCUUUGCUGCAGUCAACAGCAGAGACGAGAUGCCCUGCCUAUUGUGAGUGAUUCUGAAACCACAUCACUCAGGGACCCCAUGAUGUAGUAGAAAAGGGUAGGGAAGGGCAGGCGGGCUUUUCGACAGAGCAUGGGAAAGAUGCUGCAGAGCACGCAUCAAUAGCAGCUGCCAAUUUUGCAGCACACGUGCCUUGACAUGUCACUCAACAUGGUUGACUUUUAAGAUAGUGCUUGGCGGGAUGCUGGCAAGGAUGUACUCACUUUGUCCAGUGCGUGGAAUCCUCAAAAACGACAGUAGGAUAUUAGUUUGACUGUCCUAUGCUAAGAACCUGAGCAAUCGGGGCACACUUGUAUGGAUAUCUGUGGUAGCACAUGUAUGCCGCAUUGCCAUUGAUGACAUCAGGCAGCAGCCAUCAGAGAUGCAUUGAAGUCAAGCUUGCUUGCACGACGGCCCUGCAUGUAUGGGAGAUCAAAGUUUGUAUGUCAAAAGCUGCAUUGUAACAUACUGUACCAUCAUC